AUGCGCAGCUGGAGACUACAUCGCAACCCCAUCAAAAGACUAUCGCCGCAAACUUAUCGGCGCCUUCCGACAACCUCCUUCAAAAGCACCAGCUCAUAUUCUCGGUCAUUAUCUCACUGCUGGCCUGAGAAUCUCACUUGCUCCACUGUUCGAUUCUUUGCAACUUCGCUCAACAUGGCCGCCACAAAUGGAGACAGAUCGAAACUGCCUGUCUUGUUCUUUGACAUUGACAACUGCCUCUAUGCGCGAAGCACGCGAGUGCAGGAGCUCAUGUCUGAUCUCAUUGACAAGUACUUUGCCCAGCACCUGAGCCUACCCCAUGAGGAGGCGGUGCGGCUGCACAGCGAGUACUACACAAACUACGGUCUCGCGAUCGAGGGUCUCGUGCGUCACCACGAGAUUGACCCCAUGGACUACAACGCCAAGGUGGACGACGCUCUGCCGCUGGAGUCCAUCAUCAAGCCGAAUCCCGAGCUGCGCCAGCUCCUCCAGGAUAUUGACAGGAGCGAGGUCCGGCUGUGGCUGUUCACCAACGCCUACAAGACGCAUGGUGAGCGCGUCGUAAAGCUGCUCGGGAUCGACGACCAGUUCGAGGGAUUGACGUACUGCGACUAUUCCGCGGUGCCAUUCGUUUGCAAACCCCAGCCGGACAGCUACAAGAGAAGCAUGCGUCAAGCUGGUGUCGAGAACCCCGCCCAAUGCUACUUUGUUGACGACUCUUACAUGAAUUGCAAAAAUGCUCAGGCAUAUGGAUGGACCGCCGCUCACCUGGUUGAAGAGGGCAUCAAGGAACCCUCGACAAAAGCAUCGCAGUUCCAGAUUAAGCACCUGCGGGAGCUACGUGAUAUUUAUCCCCAGUUCUUCAAGUCCAGUUAG